CAAACAAAGCAAUUCGCGUACACCAAUAAUUUUGGUAGUAUUUAUUAUAAUUUCGGUAGAAAAACGUCGCAAACGUCCCCGAAGCACUCUAUAUAUAAUCAAGAUUCGUUUGCCUGUUGCGUGUGUGUGGAAUUUCUUUUGUAUGUUGGAGCAAUCGCAGCAAAAGAAAAUCUCUACACCAAGACAACGCAGCGCCCUGCGACCUCGAGACGCAGCCAGUGCAAUACAUUGAAAUGCAAAACUACGGCGUUGGAGUUGCUGCUUCUUCUGCUGCAGCUCCAGCCGUGAAACGCCGUACGGACAGCUAUGAGGCUGCACAAAAUCAUCCACAUACUCCCAGCAGCGGCGAGAACUCCCGCUGCGAAAGUGAUGAAGAGUAUGUGAACACCAGGAUUUUGAGAAGACGCAUGGAACUGCUGCAAUCGACGCCUGUUGUGGCAGUGGCUGCAUCCACAACAACAACCGGACAAGGUCAUGUAGAGCAACCACAGUUUCCAGGGCCCACAUCCUCAGCAGCAUCCUACAACGAGGAGAGGAUGCGCCGCAAGCUUCAGUUCUUCUUCAUGAAUCCGAUAGAAAAGUGGCAGGCUCGACGCAAGUUUCCCUAUAAAUUUGUGGUGCAGAUUGUAAAGAUUAUUCUGGUGACGAUGCAGCUGUGCCUAUUUGCCCAUUCGCGCUACAACCACAUCAACUACACGUGGGAUAAUCGUAUUGCAUUCUCGCAUCUGUUCCUUAAAGGAUGGGACUCGUCACGAGAAGUUGAGAGCUACCCGCCAGCUGUGGGACCAUUUGCAUUGUAUGAGAAGUCCGAAUUCUUUAGCACUGUGCAGUAUGCUGUUUGGGGAUAUGGCAAUAUGAGUAAAUCCAUUGGACCUUACUAUUAUCCCACAUCGAACAAUACUAUGCCCCCAUUGACACUCUGCAUGUGGAACUACCGUGAGGGUACCAUUUUUGGAUUUAAUGAGUCCUACAUCUUUGAUCCACACAUCGAGAAGCUGUGUGAAAAACUGCCAAAAAAUGUAUCUAGCAUUGGAGUGGAGGAAUAUUUAGAGCAACGCGGAGUGGAAGUAAAUUUUGCCUCCCUGGUUACUGCCGAGUUGACGUUCAAAAUUAAGACCGUCAAUUUUAAGGCCAGUGGAGGAGCCCUUUCUGCACCCGAUUGCUUUAAAUUCGACAUAUCCAUUUUGUUUAAUAAUCGGGAUCACGAUGGACAGAUGCUUUUAUCGCUUGAUGCGGAGUCUACGAGAUUAAAGUGCAAGGGAGAUACGGAUUUCAUUUCAGAAGCUCGCUUUGAUGCAAUACUUAGAAGUAUUUUAAAUAUCUUUGUACUUUUAACCUGCGCCUUGUCCUUUGCACUCUGUACUCGGGCUCUUUGGAGAGCCUAUUUACUGAGGUGCACCACAGUCAACUUCUUCCGUUCACAUUUUGGCAAGGAUCUAAGCUUUGAUGGACGUCUGGAGUUUGUUAACUUUUGGUAUAUUAUGAUCAUCUUUAAUGAUGUUCUGCUGAUUAUUGGCUCGGCACUGAAAGAACAAAUUGAAGGACGUUACAUGGUGGUCGAUCAGUGGGAUACCUGUUCAUUAUUUUUAGGCAUUGGCAAUAUGCUAGUCUGGUUUGGUGUGUUGCGAUAUUUGGGCUUCUUCAAGACCUACAAUGUUGUAAUACUCACGUUAAAGAAGGCGGCACCGAAAAUUCUACGUUUUCUAAUUGCCGCCCUAUUAAUCUAUGCGGGCUUCGUAUUUUGUGGCUGGCUAAUACUUGGACCUUAUCACAUGAAGUUCCGAUCGCUGGCCACCACCUCAGAGUGCCUUUUUUCGCUUAUCAAUGGCGAUGACAUGUUUGCAACCUUUGCGACGCUCUCCUACAAAGCAACUUGGCUAUGGUGGUUCUGUCAGAUUUAUUUGUACUCUUUCAUAUCUUUGUAUAUCUAUGUGGUGCUUUCUCUGUUUAUUGCUGUUAUAAUGGAUGCGUAUGAUACGAUUAAAAAGUAUUAUAAGGAUGGCUUUCCCAUCUCCGAUCUCAAGGCCUUUGUAGGCACACGAACCGCCGAGGACAUUAGCUCCGGUGUAUUCAUGAACGAUCUGGAUGAUUUUGAACAAGCCAGUUUUCUGGAUGUUAUGAAAAGCUUUUGCUGCUGCGGCUGUUGUAAACGCCGAUCGGAACCUGCCCAAGGAAACAGCGGCUAUACAAGCCUAUCGAGUAUUAUGAAGUAAUAAUAACUGAUGCGCCAUAGAAUUUGUUUUUAAUGCCUUGUUAGCUUAGUUUAAAUUGUUGUUAGCUUGUUGUAUAUUGAUUUUACGUUUUUUUUUGCCAAAGUUUAGUGGUCAAUAACUUGAAUUGAGGACCCCAAUGUACGUACAAAUAGAACUGUCGAAAAUCUACUGCCAGCUCCUAAGUGAGUUCAUUUUUGCAAUUUACCAAUGAGAUGACGCGAGGCUGGCAAGGAUAACUCAUGAUGAAAUUAUAUUUUCACCAUGGUUAAGCUGAGUUCAAAGCUAGAUUUUCAAUCAAAAUA